AUGACCAUCACUGAAUCAGCCUCCCCGAACUCGCAGCAACUCCUGUGUCUUACAAUUACUGCCUAUCGCAGGCCGGGACUCAGCGAGGCUGCCUACCGAGAGUACAUGACCAAAGUCCACGCUCCCUUGGUCAGCUGUCUCAUGGAAGAAUAUGGCAUUGUCCGGUACAACAUGACCCACAACGACAGCAAAAGUCGGCGAUUACUCCCCCAGCUAUGUGACCCUGAGUUCUCCAAGCCGUCUGAUUAUGACUGCAUCGUGCAGUUUGUAUUCCGGUGCAUGGAAGACUUUCAGCGCAUGAAGAGUGAUCCGCGAUUCAUGGAGAAGGUGGCCCCUGACCACCAGAAGUUUGCCGACACUUCAAGAUCAACCUAUUUCGGAGAUGGCCAAAAGUCAUAUCCAACGGGCCCAAAUACCCACGUCUCCGGUUUGUGUAUUGGGGCAUUGUCAGCAGCCGCGGUUAGUUCUUCUCGGUCCCUGGAUGAGCUGGUCCAGGCAGGCAUAGAGGCAGUCCUUGUGUCACUCAAAGUUGGCCUCUUGGUUUCUCGAACGGCAGCUUUGUUCAGUCACCAAGCCUCGGCCAAUUCUUCUUGCUCGUCCUCUGCUUCAUGGUCAUAUACAGUCCCGGACUCGCAAUUGCCACUGGCGCUUGCUGAGGAGGCCAUUGCGUCUUAUACAGACAAGACGAACAUUCCGCCUCUUUCAUCGCCGUACAUAAGCGCAAGGGGACAAAACAGUUGGACCGUCAGCGGCCCACCAGCAGUUUUACAGGGCUUCUUAAGGUCUUCGCAAGUGGUAGAGGCGCCGAGGUUGACUCCGCUUGCUGUUCAUGCGCCAUACCAUGCACCGCAUAUUUUCUCUGUCAGUGAUGUCGAGAAUGUUAUUCAGGCGGUUGGACCCGUCAGCAGCUUGUCAAGUAAACUGCCUUUCAUUUCCACCUCAUCUUGCGGCAGCCUGUCAAGCGGUACCAGGUUCCAGGACUUGCUGUUUCGGGCUGUCGAGGGGAUUCUCAUUCUACCGCUAGACCUGAGGGCGGCUGCUGAGAACAUGCGGCAAGUUUUUGAGGCAGUCGAAGACGUGUCCCGAUGCGCCUUGAUUCCAAUCUCGACCGGCGUUUGCACAAGCCUCAAAAUGUCCUUUUCGCCGGUUCUGGCGGACUGCGUCUCGAUAGUUGACAGCAUCAUGGAAGGCACUGCGGCCGAUGGAGGUUCAAAAUCCGCCCCAGCUACUAACCCCGGCGACUCCAAGAUCGCCAUCAUAGGCAUGUCUGGAAGAUUCCCCGAGGCUGCAGACGUGGAAGCAUUCUGGGCCGUCCUAUACAAAGGGCUUGAUGUCCAUCGGCCCGUCCCGAAAGACAGAUACGACGGAGAGCUGUACUAUGACCCCACCGGCAAGAAGAAGAACACUUGCAAGGUCAUGCACGGAUGCUGGAUCAACGAGCCCGGGCUGUUUGACGCCAAGUUUUUCAACAUCUCGCCCAAGGAGGCCGAACAGUCCGACCCUGGCCAACGACUGGCUCUGACAACCGCGUACGAGGCUCUCGAGUCAGCAGGCGUUGUUGCCGGUAGGACGCCCUCAACCCAACGAGACCGCGUUGGGGUGUUCUACGGCAUGACUAGCGAUGACUACAGAGAAGUAAGGGCUUCAGUCUGCAAGCCGCAAUGCAAACCCUUUCCUUACACGAAGGCCAACCUUACUACAGGCGGGAACCGAGCAUUUACACCCGGAAAAAUCAACUACUUCUUCAAAUACUGCGGUCCAUCAGUGAGCGUCGAUACUGCAUGCUCAUCAAGCCUAGCGGCAAUCCACUUGGCUUGCAAUUCCAUCUGGAGAAAUGAAUGUGACACAGCCGUUGCCGGUGGCACGAAUGUAAUGUCUAACCCUGACAGCUUUGUGGGGUUGGAUCGCGGGCAUUUUCUUUCAAGAAAAGGCAACUGCAACAACUUCGAUGACGAAGCCGACGGCUACUGUCGAGCGGACGCGGUUGCAACUGUUGUUCUGAAGAGGCUUGAGGAUGCCAUGGCAGACCACGAUCCCAUCCUCGGUGUCAUUUCAGGCGCUCAUACCAAUCACUCUGCCGAGUCCGUUUCCAUUACUAGACCGCACAGCGGAGCACAGGAGGAGAUUUUCUCGAAGCUGCUGUGCGAGUCCGGCGUCCAUCCUCACCAAGUCAGCUACGUCGAGAUGCAUGGCACAGGAACACAAGCCGGCGAUGCAACUGAGAUGACGUCGGUUCUGAAUUGCUUCGCUCCGUCGACCGGUCCCAGGCGCCUGCCACAUGAAAGCCUUCAUCUGGGCUCCGCAAAGGCAAAUGUUGGCCACUCGGAAUCUGCAUCCGGAGUCACAUCACUGAUCAAAGUCCUGUUGAUGAUGGAAAAAAAUAUGAUCCCACCCCACUGUGGCAUCAAGAGCAAAAUCAACCAUAGAUUCCCGACUGAUUUGGAGCAACGCAACGUCCACAUAGCCAAGACCGCCACCCGGUGGGGGAGGCGUCGUGAAUUCGACAAUAUACGCCGUGUCUUUGUCAACAACUUUUCCGCGGCUGGAGGCAACACCGCAUUGCUUGUGGAGGACUACCCUCCACUCGCGGCAGCCUCAUCGCAACGGGAUUCCCGGACUGCCCACGUCGUGACAACAUCUGCCAAAUGUAUUCAAUCGCUCAGAGGCAACUUGGAGAAGCUAAAGGCGUUUGUUCAGAAGACAUCGAGUUCCGAAAGCUUCAUGUCCAAGCUGUCUUACACAACUACUGCUCGGCGGAUGCACCACCCAUUCCGCGUCGCCAUACCGGCCGCAAAACCCGAGGAGCUAUUGAGUGCUCUGGACACGGAGCUCAGGCGAGACAGCUGCAGAUGUUCAUCCGAGUCCGCCGUCGCUUUUGUUUUCAGCGGUCAGGGGUCUCAGUACGGUGCCAUGGGCAAGCACUUGCUACACUACACGAUUUUCCGCGGCGAGAUCGACUCGUACGACAUAUUGGCGCAACGUCACGGCUUCCCCUCGAUUAUGCCACUCGUCGACGGAUCAGUUGCUAUUGAGCACCUCGAGCCACUCGUCGUCCAACUUGGCACUGUAUGCGUGCAGAUGGCACUCGCAAGCCUCUGGAUCGCCUUCGGCAUGCAGCCAAGCUAUGUCGUUGGUCACAGUCUAGGUCACUUCGCAGCACUCAAGGUCUCUGGUGCUCUUACGGCAAGCGAUACCAUCUACCUGGUUGGCAUGAGGGCCCGCCUGCUUCAGAACAAGUGCAGCAUAGGAAGCCACGCAAUGCUGGCGGUCCGGAGCAGUGCUGAGGAUGUCCAAGCAUACUUGGAUGCAGAUGUUCACGACAUUGCUUGCAUCAACAGUCCGCAGGAUACUGUUGUUAGUGGCCGCGUCGACGAUAUUGACCGGCUGUCUGAGAGGCUCUUGGACAAGGGCAUCAAAGCAACAAGAGUUAAUGUCCCGUUUGCAUUCCACUCGAGUCAGGUCGAACCCAUUCUGGACGAGCUUGGGGCCAUAGCCUCUCAAGUCAAGUUCCAUUCCCCAUGUGUGCCAAUCGGAUGUCCUCUACAGGGCAAGUCUUUGCUUCCCGGCGAGACACUAACGUCUGAGGCCAGCCACGUGAAGCGUCACUGCCGGCAAACCGUCAACUUCCGUGGGAUUCUACAGUCGGCCAAGUCCGACGGUUUGGUCUCUGAAAAGACGGCCUGGAUCGAGAUAGGCCCUCACACAGUGUGCUCGAUGCUUGUUAAAGCCAACAUCAAUCAUGAUGUCACUGCUGUCCCGUCUUUGAUGCGUAGUCACGACGGGUGGCAAGUUCUCGCUUCAAGUCUGGCAACUUUAUACUCGAAAGGCUUGUCUGUCGCAUGGGAUGAGUAUCACCACGACUUUGAAUGUUGUAAAGAAGUAUUGCGGCUACCAGCUUAUAGCUGGGAUAACAAACGAUACUGGAUCGAAUAUGUGCAUGAUUGGUUGCUGACACGAGGCGACCCUCCCGUCCCAGCUGCGGCUCCCUCCCCAGCGCCCGUCUCUAGUUUCUCAACUGCCUCAGUCCACCGAAUUGUCCGUGAGUCUGUUGACAGAGAAACUGUCGCUUUGACGGCAGAGUGUGAGUUUACAAGCGAACAGUUGCGUGAAGUUGUAUACGGACACGUUGUCAAUGGCAAUCGCGUUUGCACUUCUUCGUUAUACGCAGACUUUGGAGUGACCUUGGGUACCUAUAUUCUCGAUAAAUAUCGUGCGGACCUCAAGGACCACUCGGUAGACGUCCAAGAAAUGGUGGUAAAUAAGCCUCUGGUUCAUAAAGAGGGCCUGCCUAUGCUCCUGAGGAUUGACGUUGUCCACGACAUGACUGCGAGCAAAUCUGCGACCAUGUCAAUAUACAGCAUCAACGCCAAGGGAAACAAGACAGUCGACCAUGCCAAGUCUAGCCUUUGCUUCGGGGAAUCCAGAGCCUGGCUUAGAAGUUGGGAUAGUACCCAAUAUUACGUCGAGCGAAGUAUUGAGUGGCUCAAAGAGAAAGCCGAUCAAGGUCUCAACAGCCGCUUGUCUUCUGGCGUUAUAUACAAGCUUUUCUCCAGCUUGGUUGAGUACAGCAGCGCGUACAAAGGCAUGAAGGAGGCGAUUGUGAACACCGAAGACUUCGAGGCGACGGCUCUAGUCCAAUUUCAAGUCGAUGAGGGCAACUUUCGAUGCAAUCCCAUGUGGGUGGACAGCUGCGGGCAACUUGCUGGUUUCCUGAUGAACGGCCAUUCAAAAACACCUCUAGACCAAGUGUUUAUCAACCAUGGCUGGCAGUCUUUCAGGACAGUGAGGAAAUUCUGCAAAGACAAGACCUAUCGCACAUAUGUCAGAAUGCGAUGCAUCGAAGGUACCACGUACGCCGGAGACGUGUACAUUUUUGACGAUGAGGGCAUCGUUGGCGUCUGCGGCAGUAUCACGUUCCAAGGUGUUCCUCGAAGGGUGCUCGACGCUGCGAUGCCGGCGCCAAAAUCUCCAAACAAGACACGAGACCAUGCCAGUCCCAACGCUACUAUCUCUAGAGCGAAACCUCCGCAGGGAUCAAGCCCGGCAUCUUCAGCUCAGCUCGCUCAACACAGUAGCAUUGAACCUCUGAAGCUUGACGCGGCUUUGAAGUCGGCCACUACUGCAAUAGAUCCUAUGCAUGCUGUUCUCAGGAUUUUAUCUGAGGAGAUUGGUAUUCCCCUGACUAGUCUUCAAUAUGAUCUCGUCUUCGCAGACUACGGUGUUGACUCUCUUCUCUCCCUGACAAUUUCCGGACGACUUCGUGAGGAACUCGACCUGGAUAUCGAGUCCUCGGUCUUCGAAACUUGCGCAACCGUCGGCGACUUUGCUGUUCACCUUGGCUUGGACACUUUGGCAUCUUACCAGUCCUCUGGCGAGUCGAAUGUUUCUGGGGGCGUUUCCCCCAGGAGUGACUCCGUCGCGGCAAUGAGCAGCGACGUGACCACUCCUCCGGCUCAAAGCCCGCUGGGCUCAAUGUCCAGCAGUCCGUGCGAAGACUUGUGCGCUAUUAUAGCAGAGGAGAUUGGCGUGUCGAUGAGCGUCAUCAAAAGCGACGCUAAUCUUGGUGAACUAGGCAUGGAUUCACUCAUGUCGCUGACUGUACUCAGUCGCCUGCGCGAAGAGUUGGACCUUGACUUGGAAGGUGACUUUUUCGUUGCUCACCCUACGUAUAGUUCUUUCAAGCACGUCUUUGAGCAAGAGAUUGAACCUGAAAUCGGACUAGGGGAGUCUGCAGACUUGAAGAAAUACCACGCGACGUCAACGCUCCUGCAAGGUAGUCCCAAGUCUGCGCUCUAUACGUUGUUCCUCCUACCAGAUGGCUCGGGCUCGGCAACUUCUUACGCCACCAUUAGUGCGGUCGGCAGAGACAUUUGUGUGUAUGGUCUCAACUGCCCUUGGCUCAAGUCGGCCGAAAAACUGGUUCAGUUUGGCCUCAAAGGCCUUGCUUCGCUCUACGUCGGAGAAAUCAGACGCAGGGCGCCUCACGGGCCGUACAACCUGGGGGGGUGGUCUGCGGGAGGGAUUUGUGCCUACGAAGCAGCAAUCCAAUUUACUCGAGAAGGUGAAGCUGUCGAGCGUCUUAUUCUCCUCGAUUCUCCUAAUCCAAUAGGUCUUGAGAAGCUGCCACCACGGCUGUUCGACUUCGUUAAUGGCUUGGGGCUCUUUGGUGAAGGCAAGGCGCCGGACUGGCUACUAGCACAUUUCCUUGCAUUUAUUGACGCCCUCGAUCAGUGGAAGCCAGUACCCUGGGAUAAAGCCCUCGAUAGCACUACACCACCACCGAUGACGUACAUACUCUGGGCUGAGGAUGGUUUAUGCAAGGGCAUCGAUGCACGCCCAGAAUACAGAGAUGAUGAUCCUCGUGAGAUGAGGUGGUUGCUUGAAAAUCGAACCAACUUUGGAGGCAAUAGUUGGGAUAUUUUGCUCGGUGAGGGGAGGCUUUUAACUGAACGAAUCCAGGAUGCGAAUCAUUUUACGAUGCUACGCAGGGGCAAGAACGCCGAGCGUGUUGCAGCUUUUAUUAGAAGUGCCUUUAAAUAG